AUGUCGAUCGAUCUCAAUUGGGAGACGCUCACGACUGGCCCUGACGGACUGGAGCUGGCACAUCGCAUUCGUGACUUCAUCCACACAAAGUUCCAGUCGGUGCCGCUCCCUCGCUUCAUCAAGUCCGUGACGGUGCAUGACUUCGAGUUUGGCAGCAUCCCGCCACAGCUGGAGCUGAAGGACAUUACUGAUCCACUGCCCGACUUCUACGAGGAGAACCCUGCCGCUGAUGACGAGGAUAGUGAUGAGGGUUUUGAGGAGGAAGAUGUUCCCUAUGAGCUGAGAGCCGCGGCUGAGCGCCGCAAGAGGACCGAAGAAGGCAAGACGGCUCUGCCGCCGCACAUCACCACCGCCGGGCUCCAUCACCCUUAUUCGCAAGCGCAGGACCUCGGCAGCCCUUUUCUGGGUGUUUCCACGCCAGGUAUUCCCGGAGGCACAUCCAAUCUCAGCUACUUCCACUCCCACCUCGCUACAGGCCUCUCGGGAACCCAGACGCCGCUGGCCGCGGUCGCUGGAGCUCAUUUGGGCAGUGGUUGGCUCGAUGCAGGACACGACUCACCACACCAUCAGCUCAGGCACCAGAGCAUCGAUAAUCAUGCGCCAAGCCAUAACCGUCAUCCAAGUCAGAGCUCAGUCAACUCAGAGGCGGACAUCAACGCUCUCAGUGGAAUGACUCCGCUACAGCCUUUACAGCAGGCACUACGAGAAAAGUCGAGCGUCUCUACACUGGCGCCCACCUCGACAGGCGCUUCCUCGAGACCACCGACUCGGGACGCAUCUACCUUGGUGGAGUCGGCCAUUGACGAGGAUGAGGAUGGCGACGACGACGAUGGCCAAGACAAGGCACAUCGCCGGUUCCGCGAACCUCGGAUCGAGGAUAUCCAAGCUGUCUUCAGGAUCAAGUAUGCAGGCGAUGUCAAGUUGCUAUUGACUGCAGAUAUCCUACUUGAUUACCCCAUGCCCAGCUUCGUCGGGAUUCCGCUUCGAUUAAGCAUCACUGGCUUGACAUUUGACGGAAUCGGCGUCGCGGCUUACAUCCGGAAGCGGGUACACUUCUGUUUCCUCAGCCCCGAAGAUGCCCUUGCCGCUGUUGGCGCAGACACUAAUGAGGACGGCUUGACUGGCGAGAACUCCCCAGCCAGAGGAGCUGCGAAGUUCGGCGGCUUGUUACAGGAAAUCAGAGUAGAGAGUGAGAUUGGGCAAAGGGAAGGCACGAAGCAGAGUCUGAAGAAUGUAGGCAAAGUCGAGCGCUUCGUCCUGGAACAAGUGAGGAGGAUAUUCGAAGAGGAAUUCGUCUAUCCUAGCUUCUGGACAUUCUUGGUAUAG